AACAGCGAUUUUUUCGAGCUGAAUGACCCUGGUCAAUUCAUUCCCUUUUUUCCCGCGUUAAUCGGAUGCUGUGUUCCAAAGUUAGACCUCAUGCUCCGCGACGAGCUUCUCCGGUCUAAGAACGAUGAGAUCGCAAACUGUUUGUUGUCGCGCAAGCGAAAACUGACCGAAUUGUAUUAUGCGACCGUGGGAUUUGAGGGUGCGACCGCCGAUUCUCUCUAUCAUCAAAAAGAACAGGCAUUCCUCGACGCCAACGACCUCUCCAAAGGUCGCUACUUCGAUGAAACCACUCUACCGUCGCCUGCCCAUGCGCGCACUCGAGAUACCACCAAGAAAGUGAUCGCGUCGCCGGCAAAAACUGCAACGAAGCCUCAACAAGCUCCUGGUAUCACUCCGUCACCGACAUCAGAUGGCAACUCUCUUUCAAUCGCGACCAAUGCCAGUUCACAGGGAACACCCGCUGUGGUCCUGCCAGCAACCACAAAGCCCGUCGCAUCUGUUGCUAAGGAUUUAACAAGUUCCGAGCAGUCUCCUGUGCUCGUCACGAGCCCGCAGGCAUCCCGAGGAGAGCUUUCAAUCGUCGCGGCGCCGUCCAAACAGAUCGUCGAACAGCCAAGCGCAUCCAUCCCAGAAACACCUCUCAGCUCCCAAGUUCACAAUGGAGCAGAGGUCCAGUUUUCUGCCAAUGCCGCAACGACUACCACUCCCUCACUGGAGAUCCCACCCACCUCUCUACCCCGAAAGAAACCAGAGUCGCGACCUUCUCUCACUAUAGGUCCGUCGAAUCCAGACCAGCCGCUCUCCCCAGCCUCUUCAAUCGACCCAUACCCUAAUAAUACCCCUGCACCCGUCACUGCGUCUCCCGUCACUAGUCCUGGAGAAGAGGCGGCAGAAGCUGGAAAGAGCGGCCAACCGAGUCCUCAACAUGACCGAUCCAUACAACCGCUUCGAAGCUUGAUUCCAUCGACCCCCGAUGAGCAACUACGAAUGGAGGAAGCGCAGUCAAUGCAGACCGUAGACGAAUCCAAGACCGAGGCGUCUUCAACUGAGGCCAUUAAAGAGAGUGUGGAUGUCGGUUCGGACAAAGAUUCCAUGGAAAUUGACCAGGAACCGAUUGAAAGUGCAGACGACACGAGACUUCAAAACCAAUCAACGGCUGGUGCAGCUGAUCUCUCACCCACUGAACACCCAUCUGAAGGAAUUGAGCCUGUCGGUGAUGCUGAAGAAGCAUCGGCGAACAAGAAACCAGCAGUUGUCCCGCCAACGCAGCCUGGUACCUCACAACCCGAAAGAAUGACAACUCGAGUGUCAUCAGGGGCAAUUCGACACAAAUCUGUUUCGGAAAUUCUGGGAGAAACACCGAGAACACCUCAUACUGUCAGCGAUCAUGACACCCCUGAUAGUGUGGCUCGAAUGCGUUUCAAGGAUCGCAAGGAGCGCGAGAAGGAGAGGACUCGACUUGCAACUGUUGUUUUCCCCAACAUGACCCCGCAGCAGGACAAGACUGAAUCUAUGGAUCUUAUGCAUGGGGAAUCUGACGAUGCCGUUGCCAAGUUGAACCAGGACCAAGACUACCUUUUCACAUUGUUCUUGAAUCGGGCGUAUGCCCCCCCGCGAGGAAUUAACAUGAGCACGCUUCUUUCAUCUGCUCAUAAAACGCUGAGCACUGAAAACCAUUCAUUGGAAUACCAAGAGCAAAUGAAUUGCCGUACCUUGCGACGCAUAUACUCAUUGCAAAACGCCAACCGGUGGCCCCUCCGACAAAUGAAACGAUCUCCAGAACCUGCCCGUCAAGGAACUCAUUGGGAUGUCCUUCUAGAUCAUAUGAAGUGGAUGCGGACAGAUUUCCGGGAAGAACGAAAAUGGAAAAUUGCUGCGGCCAAAAGUUGCGCUGAUUGGUGCGCGGAGUAUGUGAACUCUGAUGAGGAACACCGAACUUUACUCCGUGUCAACGCGAAAAUCCCUACACCGACAACUUCAGCACCAGAUGCCUCGAAGACAGGAGGUGCUUCUCCGGAAGAUAUGAGCGAUGAAGCUGCAGCAUCUCACCCCACCCCAGAUCUUGUACCAUCUGCGGAGGAAGAAUCAGUGAGUGAUGGCUUCAAUGAAGAGCCGAGACAUGACCUUCGGGAUACUGUCGCUCCUGCUGCUAUCUUUUCAUUGGGCUCGGAUGAGUUUAAUUUCUCCGUUGACAUGACCCCGGCGACAGAGAAGCUUCUAGGCGAGUUGCCACUCUAUGAACCGCUGCGGAUUACACCGGGGACUCAAUCGCCUCUUUUCAAGCAACCACCUGAUUCGGUCUGGAAAACUGAGCUACUGCCUGUUUCUAAAUUUGCCUCAACAAGAAUCACCUUCCGUGAUAAUGAACCGCCCCGCAAGCGCAGUCGUUACGACUACUCUCAAUAUGGUUACGACUCGGAAUAUCGCAUUACUGAGAUUCCUCCAGAGCAGACUAAUGUUGCCCUAUUCCGACCGGAGAAUAAACCUAUCCGUGAUCGCAUUCACCCGGGCCACUCGUUCAGACCACCAACCGAACAUCCUAUGCCGUCUGUGGGUUUCUUUGAGUCCCGUCAAUCUUCACAAUGGACUUUGUCUGAAGAUGAUGAACUCCGUCGUUUGGUCAAGGAGUAUUCUUACAAUUGGUCUCUUAUUUCAAGUUGCUUGACAUCACCGUCUUUGUUCACUUCUGGAGCUGAGAGACGAACGCCUUGGGAAUGCUUUGAACGAUGGGUUGGUUUGGAAGGUCUUCCAGCAGACAUGUCCAAGACCCAGUACUUCCGAGCUUAUCACCAGAGGCUUGAAACAGCCCAGCGCACUGUCAUUGCCCAACAGCAGGCUGCUCAGCAACAACAACAGGCGCAGGCGCAAGCCAACAAUGGGCAAGUUCAGCCACCCGUUCGCCGUCGGACCACCCAGCCUCUGCGUGUAGACAGGAGAAGAUCCUCUCGACACCUGGCGUUGUUGGAUGGUAUGCGCAAGUUGGCUAAGAAGCGAGAGACAAUGCUUCAGAAGCAGCAGCAUGCCUCUCAUCUCGCUUCGCUGAGAAAGGCGAAUGAGGCCAACCAGCCCAAACCCCCGAUCACAACCCCUGCUGAGUUCAGCCGUCUCAAGUAUGAGCGGGAAAUGAAGCUGCAAGAAAGACAGGAGCAAUACCGGCAGCAGAUGAUUGCCCAGCAGAGAGCCAGUCUCGCUGCUCAACGUACUGGACAAUUGCCUAACCAGCAACAGCCAGUCAUGAAUGCGCAAGGACGACCGCCUAACGGCUUGCCACCCUCCGCCAAUGCCGGCAUGUCUAGUGGAACACCAAAUGGGGUUCCUGCUGGUAUGCCUCCUGGCGCUGGCGUCAAUCAAGCCCGGACUCAGCCGAUUCAGGGACUGCCUGCAGGAGUAGCGCCGGUUAAUGGUCAAUUACCUGCCAAUGCCAUGGCCAUGAAAAUGAUGCCUCAAGGCCAAAUGCAACAAAGCGUGGGCGCAAGGCCUGGUAUGGCGAUGCAGACAUCACCGGAUAAUACACGUGUGAUUCGAGAAGCCAAUCGUCUCCAGGAACAGCAGCGUGUGUUGCAAUCUCGACAACAGACACAGCAAGUUCCGGGCCAGCCCCAGCAAGCACAGCCGCCAUUUCACAACCAGCAGUUUGCGCCUCAGGGAUCUCAUUCCCCCAAUCUCAACAACAUGCCCAACGUUAACGGUGGCCCUAACAACCCUGCAAUGAUAGCAGCGCUGCAAGCCCAAGGAGGAAUGCAGAGUCCCUCAUUCCAUGGUGGUACACCUCAGGGAGUGUCAACACCUUCUCCUCGCAUGGGUCAGCCCAACCCUCUUUCAAGUGGCGUAGUCCCAACCAUCAGCACUUUCCAAAGUCAAAUUCAACGAGCCAACCCUAAUCUUCCUGCAGAGCAGGUGAACAAAUUGGCUACGGAUCGACUUAAUCAGUACCAGCAGCAACGCAUGUCCCAGCAAGCAGCCAUGAACGCUGCGGCGGGGGGUAUGAGUAACGUUCAAGCCAACUACCAAGUAGCGCAUGAUGGAAACUUCCAGACUCCUCAGCAGCCUGGUAUGCCUAACGGCAAUCCAGCAAUGCAGGUCCCCCAGAACCAAGGCUUCUCUCCGAUGAUGCGUGUCCCACAAACCAACCAGCAGACUCGGGUUGCUCCUACCAGUUCACCUGCAAUGAAUGGAGCCGUUGCUCAGCCCAGCCGAAGUGCCACCCCUCAGACUCAGCGCAGCGGCAGCGCCCAGGCCGGCGUGCAAGGCUCCAGCAAGAGCCCACACGCACCGCCUGCCCAGACGGCGAGUGGUUAA